AUGCUCGGUGCCUACUGGAUGAAGCAUACUGGAAUUUGGAAGAUCGAUCGGGGCGAGGCAGUCAUGACAGUCAUGGUCGUCGUAAUUAGUGUUCAACCCAGCAAUUUCACGGCGUAUGUGUGUCACGCGUAUGCUUACGUUUCAAACGAUAAAGGCUCGAAAUUUGACGCAAAGCCGUCUUAUUUGGAUUUCCAAAUACUCGGAGCGUACAAAGACGAACUGUUUUGUGAUGGUGAAAAAUUGACCUGA